AAAAAACUUGACAGUUCAGACAGAUAAGAAUUUUGACAUAACCUCUCAUGCUAGUUUUUGCUAGAAAAAUUAACAGAAAAUUGAACAUUUUGUGGCAUAAAUGGCAUCAAUAACAGCGUAUUCAGUGGCCCGACUGGCAAAAUACGUGACAGAGUCGACAUUUCGGAAUUUACGCUCGAAUGUGUACAGGAGUACCACCCGUGGGUACAGCACAGAAGAGAACGCUAAGGAAGAGAGCAGUGAAAAGCUGCCGACCACCAUAGAAGAAUGCCAUAAACAGCUGGAAACCCUCACCGGAGAGCUCAACACUAUUAAGGCACAAGCCAAAGACUAUGAGGACAAAUACAAGCGCGCACUCGCGGAGGGUGAGAACGUCCGCCGACGUAUGGUCAAGCAGGUUGAGGACGCCAAAUCCUUCGCCAUACAGAGCUUCUGUAAGGAUCUGCUUGAUGUAGCUGACACAUUGUCGGUAGCAGCAGAGAGCGUCCCAGAGAGUGCAUUAGGCGAGGGCGGCGCUGAGGGCGCGGCGGCUGCGUUACGCUCGCUGCACGACGGCGUGCGGCUCACGCGAGCCAUGCUCACACAGGUGUUCACCCGGCACGGACUGGUGGUCGUGUCACCUUUGAGAGAGAAAUUCGACCCGAACCUCCAUGAGGCACUUUUCCAACAGGAAGUGGAGGGCGCGGAACCUGGCACAGUGGUCGCAGUCUCCAAAGUGGGUUAUAAACUUCACGAGCGCUGCGUGCGUCCCGCUCUCGUCGGUGUGGCUAAAGGAUCUUCGUAGUGUAUCACCAACGCAAAGAUGACACCAUACACGAAAUAUCAGGGUCUUACAAGGAUUUAGCUUCUAAAUUUGUCUUUUCUGUUCCCAUAAUCUAAGAACUCUACUAAGUACUAACCAAUCUGUCUAGUUUUGGACUAAAUUUACAGUUGGAUAGGUCAGAUUGGCCAAUCAAACCGUGUAAAAUAAAACCGUUUAGCUUUUGAGAACAGAAGUGGCAACUUUUUUCAACGUGUCUAUGACCCAAUCACCGUUGGUCAGUGUUAGUUCGGUGCUGAUCUGACAUUUGAUUGGCAUUGCUAAUUUUAAACCAAAUUGCAUUUACUUACUUACCUGAAAUGCACUUUUUUUAUUUACAACCAUUUAAAAUUUAACUCGUUGAAACUUGUUCGAAUACCAAGUAGAAUAACGUUUGCACUAUAAGCCAGCUGCAAUCUUUGUUCGUAAAGAAUUUCGUCUUUAUCAUUGCUAAAAAUAUCACGCACACGCCAACAUAAUUGCCAAGUGAUUUGUGCGUAUAUCAAAUAAAUCAAUAGCUAUAAUCCAAAUAUAUGUGACGUUUUUUAACCAAAAGGUACCACAUUGUCGCUUGUCGAUAAGGUUGUUUUCUAAUUGAAGCUAUAUGGAAAUAGCGCCUUACUGACAAGCGACAAUAAGUACCCUUUUGGUACAUUUAUUUAUAUAUACCGACCGGUCACCGGCCGACCGGCCUAUUGACGACCGGUCUGGCGUAGUGGGUAGUGACCCUGCCUGUGAAGCCGAUGGUCCUGGGUUCGAAUCCCGGUAAGGGUAUUUAUUUGUGUGAUGAGCACAGAUAUUUGUUCCUGAGUCAUGGGUGUUUUCUAAGUAUUUAUGUAUUUGUAUAUUAUAUAUAUCGUUGUCUGAGUCUCCAUAACACAAGCCUUAUUGAGCUUAUUGUGAGACUAAAGGUCAGUUGUACCAAACCGCCUGUCACCGUUAAAGCGUUCGCUAAAUUUUAUUGUAUGGGAAGUUUCAUAGUUUACUGCUGAGUGACGUUGAUCAGUCUGUCAAGUGUGGUUGGUGCAACUGGCCCUUAGUCAAUCUGUGUAAUAAUAUCCUAUAAUUUUUUAUUUAUUUAUAUAUUGUUUCGUAUAUAGAGAUUCAUAUUCAAAAAGUCACAUCAUUGACACAAGCUAGCAAACCAUAACGCUUAUGUAAGCGUUAAUGACGCUAUGGGCACGAUAAGUCUCGACGAUUUUAACGCAUUCACUGCCAGGGGGCGUGGCCUAGGAACAAACUUGUAUGACGGUGAACGCACAUGUGCGUUGGGGGCAGUGAAUGUGUUACUCUUAGGAGCCAUGUAGCAUUUAUCUACACUAAGUAUGUAGUUGGCCGGCCGAUGAAUUUUACAGAUGGCGCCAGCGUGUGUUACCUGUCAAUGAGGCCGCGUUUAGUUUUGCCGCUAGGGGCGCUUAGAUGGAGGUCUUUCAAAAUGUCAAAUGCAUAAAAGUUUUGGGGGUUUCAAGCUUUUUUAUCGGGAAUUUUCACUCCUUAUUCAUAAUUGUGGUAAAUCUUUGUCCAUCUUUAAUCAUGGUAAACAAUAGAUAUAGCUCAAUAAAUGGUUUAAAAAAAGUGCCAACUAAAAUAUAUGAAAAAUUAAACAGGUUGAAAAAAUGACACAUUUAGAACGUAUUGAUUUUUUAAAAAUAAGCAUAGAAGAAUUUUGAGAUCUUUUUUUCUGGACCUAUAUCUACAGUGGCGCCAACUGGUGAACACAAAAACGGUAGCCCUCAUUAUCUGUCAAUCCUACGAGUAGUGUCAAAUUCUUGUUUUUUUUUAUGGCCUAAAUGCAAAUGCUAAAAGCCAAAUCUCACAAAACAAAACUGGAGACAGGUUAUACCGAUGCUGGCGCCAUCUUUACCUUUGUCUCUUGGCAAACCCAUUUUAACCAUUUUAGAUUGAAACAAAGUUGUAUUUCUUUUGUUUCGUUCCAUUACAAAACAAGAAAUUCAACCAUAAUUUUAAUUUCUACGCGCACUGUUGAAUUCGAAAUCAACUGCCACUAUUUAUUUUUUGAUGAACUGCGUAAGGUUUCUUGGCAUUUUUAACUUGUGAAAUAAGUUUCUUAAAGACCAAAGAAAAUUAAGAAAACAGUGCUCACUCCAUACAUCGGUUUUGUUACCAAAAAGACUAUUAUUUUCGCAGUCUACAUCUAGCGUCAAGUAGCGGAACUAUUAGUACUGCUACUCGACAAUAGAUGUCGCGGCAAACGGAAAGUCUAAUUCUCAACGAUUUUCAGCUAAUAUUAUAACCGGAACUCUAUUUUCAACUUCUGCUUAUAAUAUUCGUUAUAAAUUGUUGAGCAAUAGACUUUUCGUCAGUCGCGACACAAGUGACAUCUAUUGUCGACUAGCAGUACUGAUAAUUCCGCUACUUGACGCUAGAUGUAGACUACGUAAAUAAUAGUCUUUUAGGUAACAAAACCAAAGCAUGGAGUGAGCACUAUGUCUUCUUAAUUCUCUUUGGUAUGACUGGAUUUUAGACAUUACAGAAGGGAUUAUUUCAAUGAAUAUAAGAAUAAGACAUAUUUAUUAGCACAAAGAAAGAACACAAAACAUUGAUUCAUUUAGAGUAUAGACGAACAGAAUUGUGCUAAAAAAAAUUUUAAACUGUUUAUUUCAAAAAAAAAGAAAUUACAAAAUCUACUCUCUAAAAGGUCCUCACUCAGCUUAAUGUCCCGAAGUGAAUCCUAGGACACACUACGUGACGCUGAUUUUCAGUGAGGCCUGAUAAAACUAAAACUAGCACUAAAACUAACUAGGUAGCAGACAAUUAUUUUAAAUUAAAUUAAAUAAUUAUUUAUUUCAGAAAUUCAAUUUCCAUAAUAUAUUAGUAACUUAUUCUAUUAACUCUUAACCUAUGUUAGUGACAAUAUCUAUUAUACUAACAAUAUGUAUAAUACUUAUUAGUUUUACAAGGGGACGAAGUUGUUGUUAAACCCCACUUCUUCCUCUUGUCCUCGCAUUUGUCCCGCUACACGGGGUCUUCUUUCUUAACCAUGUCACGCCAUUUGUUGCGGUCAUAUACGUCACUAGCUUUUGCCCGCGACUUCGUCUGCGUGGACUUAGUAACAGCAGCUAAAGUAUAGCGCCUGGAAAAAUUCACAUAGCAAUAAUUCAAUUUGAGCAUAUUAUGCACACAAAUUAGCAGGCACUUCAUUAAUUAUCUCAAUUCCACCCCGCUUUUUACUUUCUUAAGGGAUGAUUUUCGGGAUAAAAACUAUCCUAUGUCCUUCUCAGGGACUCAACCUAUCUCUAUGCCAAAUUUCAUCUAAAUCGAUUCAGCGGUUUAAGCGUGAAGAGGGACAGAGACAGACAGAGUUUCGCAUUUAUAAUAUUAGUAUGGAUUGCAUUCUAAUGAGAGAAUUUUCAUGUCCCUUUGGACAGUCGUUAGCCAUGUGGCGGUCUACCGCUUCCCCUUUUUCCUGAUGCGAUUGAAAGACACUUCUUCACGACAUAAUCGUCUGGUCUACGCAUCCCAUGACCAUACCACCUGAGUCUGGUCUCUGCGAGUUUAUCAGCAAUCGGGGCCACCUUUAGACUACCUAGUUUUAGCAAGGGGAUAAGAAUUUAUAAUGAAAAACACAUAGGCUACAAAAGUAACUCCAAUUUAUUGAUGAAAACGUACAAAUCAAUGCCUUUAAAAUUAAAUUCAACCUAACUAAAGCGUGAACAAAAAUUAUCGCGAAUUUCGAGACAACCGCACCGCACCAGUGUAGAGCCAAAAGUGGGUCAACCCAGAGGAAAGCAAUAUGUCGCCAUUUAUUUGCGUGAAGUUGUUGCGGGCUGAAGUUGCAGCAAAUCGGUAGUUGAACGCCAUAGCGCGAAACAACUGCUCAAAGCUGGUCUUGGGUAAAUUAGCGCCACCGGGUAGGGCUUCUCUCCAAUACUAGAAUAUAUUGGAGAGGUGUGGAUGCCGCCGUUGGACCGAAGUCUCCUCCGCCGCCAGUCCUACUGCACCACCCUACCUAGUAGCGUAGUUCCACCGGAACCUGUGGCCUCAAUAUGGGAGGGCAGCUUGCCGUUGGGAUUUGCCUCUUCCGCCUGUUCUGCCGUACCAGUGGUUUCCACCUCCGCCAUCUCAGCCGUUAAGGACUUCACCCGUAACCCUGGGCAUGGGUUCCGCGCUAUACCCCGCGGACCUGGGUUAAUACCUGUAGCUCAGCAGCUACAGAGCGAAGAGCAGCCUUUUCGUCACACCCGCCUCGCGCACCGCGCGGCGAAUUAAGGAGCACGUGAUUCCUAUGUGCACGGCCUUUACCUUCGCAGCUCCGUAUGCCGGACACUGCUGCAUCAGUCGCGGUAUCAGCACCGUUUUCUACAGCAACAGCAAAACAUUGCUUAUAGAAGCGGCGGCGACCACGGACGGGUACUCGGGGUAAAGGUGCCCGUUUUCCAUCAUCCCGCAGAGGCAGAGGAACGUGGUGGCCGCUUCGACCUCCUCUGGCCAUUUGUCACACCACCAAGCGGUGUAGCAGAAGUCUUGUGGGACUAUUAUGAGCCCCGGAAAUUCCAAUGUAACCAAUAUUAAUUUCUCCGCGUGCAGCAGCCUCUGGCGCGUAAAGGCAUGUUUUGCGAAUUCGAUUAGCUUGCAUGCAGGUGUGUGCAGUGAUUUCCUUUUCGGGCAGAGGCAGAGGAACGUGGUGGCCGCUUCGAACUCCUCAGGCCAUUUGUCACACCACCAAGCGGUGUAGCAGAAGUCUUUUCGGGCGAAUCAAUUUCCUCAUCACUGCUAAUUAUAAUUGUGUCACUUGGCUCUUCUUGGAAAGCAAUAAAAUUAUCGAUAUUUUCACAACCCCUUCGCACUGUUACGAGUUUAGUUUUACUUGUCGCUUCUUUUACACCUCCUAGGAGGGGUGAGAGCCUUUCCAUCCUUUCAUUUGGAUUUAUGGCGGUUGCUGGCGCCGCCCGUAACUACGGGCGUGUCUCUUUAUGCCCAUCUUGAGGGCUGGCUUCUCAUUGGGCUCGACUGGCCCUGUUGUUGUUACGAUGCAUUCCAGAGUGUAGGGCUGCUAGGUCCGUCCGGGCUGCUUAGGACCGCAGCGAGGUCGUCGAAGAAGUCGAGGGCAGCCGGCGGCGUGUUGUAGGUGGCGGGUGCUGGUGCUGAUGGUGGCGUGGUGCAGGUGGCAGUUUUUGGGGCUGGUGCCGGAGCUGGGGUUGAGGGUGUCGGGGCAGCGGUCGACGUCGUUUGCGUUGACGCUGUUCUUGUUUUGGCGGCUGGCUUGCUUGUUGGCAUCUUUUUCGUGACGGGGACGGGCUUCUUCGCCGGCUGCGGUUGGGCCACACGAAUUACGUGGCGGUACUCCUCCUCGGAGCGGGGUUCAAAUAGGAUGCCCUCCUCUUUCGGCGUAAUGAAGGGCGGCUCCCCGAGUUCUAGCGUCAAGUCCUCCAGGACCCUCGGCCAGUUCGAUAGGAUUUCGGCGAAGAUGGGUGGCUGCAUGGCACUAUUGCUCUUUUUAGUGCUGUUUAUAUUUUUUUGGUUGCAGUUAUUAUUGUUUUUUUUUAUAUUGCUAUUUAUAUAUUUUUUUUAGCAGCCUUGCUGCCGGUGGUUGCUGGGCUCGCGUUGGCUGCGCCCGAGGGGAGGGCUGCGGCGUUCGCGUAGCUGUUGAUGCUGGGUCCCGCGGGUGUCUUUGCGGUGGGCGUAGUUGUAGGGGUUGUCGCUCCCGGCAUGAGGGCUGCGCUGCGCGCUGUGUCGCUGUCGGGGCCCUUGGAGGGGUCGGGUGUAGGUUGCGGGGCGGCUCUCGUUCGGGCGCGGAGUCGCGGGUCUGUGGGCGGAGACGGGUUUUAGCAAACCCGUUUCGGUUCCUGCUUCUCGGAUGGGCUGCUUUCCGGUCUCCUUUUCCCUGCUGAGGGUGACAGGAGGUCCGGGUUCUCCUCCAUAAAGCGAAGGAAAGGGACGUCUUCUGGGAGUAGCUCCAACCUCUCCUAGGGCAUGCCCUUGCAGCCUGAUAUAGACCGCCAUCCACGCCUCCAUGGCUGGAGACAUGUUGCCGACCUCCCCCAGGCGAGCUACCAGGAUACGAUCACGAUCCAGUAACUCACGAGGGGUAAGCCGGCACUGGGCUUCCCAUGGGAUCGGGGAAAAGGUACUUCCCGGGGCCGCAUCGGCCGUUAGCCACGGCUUUGGGGAGCCGUCGGCGGGUGUCGGGGUGAGGACGUCGGUGAACUCGGCGAUCUCGUCGUCGAAUGCGUCUGGCUGCAGUGUCGCUGGUGCGGGUGGAUGCGAAAACCCGCUUUCCGUACCACCGACCUGCCCCUUAAGGGUGUAAAAAAGGGGGGUGAGAGUAUGGGGUAUCAAUAAUGUCUCAAGUAGGGAAUAUAACCCAAUAUUCUAAUUACUAAUUCCACGCAGACGAAGUCGCGGGCAAAAGCUAGUUGAAAAAUAAAAAACUCUUUUCAUUACCAUAAUCCCUUUUGACUAGUAAUGAAUUUGUAUAAUAUUUUUGUUAUGAUUAGGCGUAGAUUUAGAAUUCCAUGAUGUAUGUCUGAGGUGGUAGUUGUUGGUUAAAUAAAUGGAUUAUAUUGUUA